AUGAACAUCCUCCGCUUCGCUCAAGAUCUCGCAUGUAAUCCCAAGCAUACACGAUGGAUAGUGCCUCUUCAAAUCCUCGGCGAGGCGGUACUGUGCAGUCUGAUUAUUUGGCGAGUUCCGUACACCGAAAUCGACUGGACAACCUACAUGCAACAAAUCUCCCUCUACCUCUCCGGCCAACGCAACUACACUCUUCUCACAGGCUCGACAGGACCUCUCGUCUACCCCGCCGCACACGUCCACAUUUACCAUUUCCUCUACAAGCUCACCUCGCAGGGGUCAAAUAUUUUAUUAGCCCAAUUUCUCUUCCUCAUUCUCUAUCUCUGCACCCUUUGGCUGGUCAUCUCAUGUUAUCGAACAGGUGCUACCACGACGACGGCUGCUGGUUGUCCUCCUUGGUUGUUGGUGUUGUUGAGUGGAAGUAAGAGGGUACAUAGUAUUUUUGUGUUGCGCAUGUUUAAUGAUGGAGUUGCGGUUUUGUGGUUUUGGGGGGCUGUGUGGUGUUUUCAGAGGAGGAGGUGGAGGAGAUUGGGGAGUGUGGUGUUUGCGGUUGGAGUAGGGGUGAAAAUGAGUGUGUUGUUGGCUUUGCCGGCUGUGGGGAUGACGAUUCUUGCGUACCCGUUCAUUAUGAAGGAUUCCAAAAGCUACAUCACCAGGGCGUUUGAAUUCACACGACAGUUCAUGUUCAAGUGGACGGUGAAUUGGAGGUUUGUGGGCGAGGAGACAUUCUUGUCCCGGUCCUUUUCGUACUGCUUACUCGGAGCACAUGUGGCUUUGCUCGCACUUUUUGGAUGCACUCGAUGGCUGGAGCCGUCGGGACUGUCCCCCCUUCAAGCCAUCAACCACCUCCUUCAUCCACCUCCCCAGGCACAGCAAGACCGCAUUGCGCGACGAGUCACGCCCGACUUUGUGCUCACGACGAUGCUUUCGGCAAUGCUGAUUGGCUGCUUGUGCGCCAGGAGCCUCCACUACCAGUUCUUCGUGUACAUUGCAUGGUCGACGCCCUAUUUGCUCUGGAGGAGUGGUAUGCACCCGGUCCUCAUCUAUGGCCUGUGUAUGGCGCAGGAAUGGGCGUGGAAUGUGUAUCCUAGCACUGACGCGAGCUCCAUGGUGGUCGUAGGGUGUCUGGCUGUGACAGUGGGCAGCAUAUGGGUCGGGACCAGACCUCAGCCCGCAAAGCAGCAGCAGAAGCAGCAGCGACAGGGAGGUAGGCACUUGCAUCGAGAGUAGCUUGCAGCUAUACACAAAAUGACUCAGUCUUCAUCUUCGGAAUCAGAUGGCGGCAUCUGGGGUCCUUGAUCGUCUUCAUCAUCAGAAUCUUCUGCAUAACUCGACUGCUUCGCAGCAAACUCCUUGGGCCAAUACGGCAUCUUCCGCCACGCCUUCUCGUCGCCAACAAUGUUGACAAUGAUGCCAGCCAGCUUAUUGCCGCGCUCGGCCAGAGCUUCCGUGUCCAACAAGACGUAGCCUCCGCGUUUCAUCCAGAUGGUGGAGCGGAAUUUGGCAUCGAGUUCGGCCAAAAGUGCCUCACCCGAGGGCAAUUCCAGGUGGUACAAGUGAUUGCCAGCAGCAAUUUUGACGCGCGCGAUUUUUUGAUUGGCAGCCAGCGAUGC